CCGUGGCGGUGCCGGCGUCCGCGACGGCGCGGGACGUCAAGGAGCGCAUCUUCGCCGAGACGGGCUUCCCGGUGUCGGAGCAGCGGCUGUGGCGCGGCGACAGGGAGUUAGCUGACUGGAUCAAGAUUGGAGAUGUGACUUCCAAAAGCUGUCAUCUUUUUGUCAACCUUCAGUCGAAAGGCUUGAAAGGGGGAGGUCGCUUUGGUCAGACAACACCGCCACUUGUUGAUUUUCUCAAGGACAUUUUAAGAAGAUACCCAGAAGGAGGACAGAUCCUUAAGGAAUUAAUUCAGAAUGCAGAAGAUGCUGGGGCCACAGAAGUUAAAUUUUUAUAUGAUGAAACUCAAUAUGGAACGGAGACUCUUUGGUCAAAAGAUAUGGCGCAAUAUCAGGGGGCCGCUCUCUAUGUGUACAACAACGCAGUUUUCACCCCCGAGGACUGGCACGGCAUUCAAGAAAUAGCAAGAAGCAGGAAGAAGGAUGACCCUUUGAAAGUCGGGAGAUUUGGGAUUGGGUUUAAUUCUGUCUACCAUAUAACAGAUGUUCCUUGUAUCUUCAGUGGUGACCAGAUUGGGAUGUUAGAUCCUCAUCAAACACUGUUUGGCCCCCACGAGUCUGGCCAGUGUUGGAAUCUCAAAGAUGACAGCAAAGAAAUCAGUGAACUUUCAGACCAGUUUGCACCAUUUAUUGGCAUUUUUGGAAGCACCAAGGACACAUUUAUAAAUGGCAAUUUUCCAGGAACGUUUUUCCGUUUCCCUCUUCGCUUACAACCCUCACAGCUUAGUGGUAACCUGUACAACAAGCAGAAGGUUCUGGAGUUGUUUGACUCUUUUAAGGCAGAUGCAGACACAGUGCUGCUGUUUCUGAAAAGCGUGCAGGAUGUCUCCUUGUAUGUCCGAGAGGCCGAUGGGACGGAGAAACUGGUAUUUAGAGUGACAGCGAGUGAGAAUAAGGCCCUGAAACACGAACGGCCAAAUUCUAUAAAGAUCCUGGAAACUGCUAUAAGUAACUAUUGUAAGAAGAUUCCAAGCAAUAGCAUCACUUGUGUAACAUAUCAUAUAAAUAUCGUGUUAGAAGAUGAAGGUUCCAAGGAUGCGCAAAAGACAUCUUGGUUGGUGUGUAACAGUGUGGGCGGGCGAGGGAUCAGUAGUAAACUUGACUCUUUAGCUGAUGAACUGAAAUUUGUCCCUAUCAUUGGAAUUGCCAUGUCGCUAGCAAGCAGAGAUGAGGAGGAAAAAGGAGCUGUAUCGGAUUUCUCAGGAAAAGCAUUUUGUUUUCUUCCUUUGCCACCUGGUGAGGAAAGCAGAACAGGGCUCCCGGUUCACAUCAGUGGGUUCUUCGGCCUGACCGACAACCGCAGGAGCAUAAAGUGGAGAGAGCUGGACCAGUGGAGGGACCCAGCUGCCUUGUGGAACGAGAUUCUUGUUGUGAAUGUUGUCCCCAAAGCUUAUGCUACUCUGAUCUUAGAUUCCAUAAAGCGCCUGGAGACGGAGAAGAACUCUGAUUUCCCCUUGUCUGUUGACAUCAUCUACAAGCUGUGGCCUGAAGCGAGCAAAGUCAAGGUGCACUGGCAGCCGGUGUUGGGGCCUCUGUUCAGCGAGCUGUUCCAGCAUGCUGUGAUUUACUCUAUUAGCAAUGAUUGGGUCAAGUUGGAGCAGGUAUACUUCUCAGAACUUGAUGAAGGUUUGGAAUACACACAAACUGUGCUCAACUACCUCCAGAGCUCAGGGAAGCACAUCGCCAAGGUGCCAGUGAACCUGGCUGCUGCUGUUCAGCUCACCGCUGCCCCCGGCACGGCGCCCGCGAGGAAGGUGACGCCUGCCUGGGUGCGGCAGGUGCUGAGGAAGUGUGCACCCCUGGGCAGUGCUGAAGAAAAGCUCCACCUUCUCGAAUUUGUGCUUUCUGACCAGGCCUACAGUGAGCUGCUGGGGCUGGAGCUGCUACCAUUACAAAAUGGAAAUUUUGUCCCCUUUUCCUCAUCUGUAUCAGAUCAAGAUGUUAUUUAUAUUACCUCAGAAGAGUUUCCAAGGUCCCUUUUCCCAGGUCUUGAAGGAAGAUUUAUUUUGGAUAACUUGAAGCCUCACCUACUAGCUGCUUUAAAGGAAGCUGCCCAGACCCGAGGAAGACCAUGUACUCAGCUACAGCUUCUGAAUCCAGAACGAUUUGCACGUCUUAUCAAAGAAGUAAUGAAUACAUUUUGGCCUGGCAGAGAAUUGAUCGUUCAGUGGUAUCCAUCUGAUGAAGACAGAAACCACCCAUCUGUUUCAUGGCUUAAGAUGGUUUGGAAGAAUCUCUAUAUACAUUUUUCAGAGGAUUUGACUCUAUUUGAUGAGAUGCCACUUAUCCCCAGAGCUACACUAGAGGAAGGUCAGACAUGUGUGGAGCUUAUUAGACUCAGGAUUCCCUCAUUAGUCAUUUUAGAUGAUGAAUCUGAAGCACAACUUCCAGAAUUUUUAGCAGACAUUGUCCAAAAACUUGGAGGGAUUGUCCUUAAAAAGUUAGAUGCCUCAAUACAACAUCCACUUCUUAAAAAAUACAUUCAUUCACCAUUACCAAGUGCUAUUUUGCAGAUAAUGGAGAAGAUGCCAUUGCAGAAAUUAUGUAAUCAAAUAGCUUCACUACUUCCAACCCACAAAGAUGCUCUGAGGAAGUUCUUAGCUAGUCUUACUGAUAGCAGUGAAAAAGAGAGAAGAAUAAUUCAAGAAUUGACAAUAUUCAAGCGAAUUAACCAUUUACCUGGUCAGGGAAUUUCUUCUUACACAAAACUAAAAGGUUGUAGGGUUUUGCACCAUACUGCUAAACUUCCGCCAGACCUCCGGCUUUCUAUUUCAGUGAUAGACAGUAGUGAUGAAGCUACUAUUCGCUUGGCAAACAUGUUGAAAGUAGAGAAGUUAAAGACCACUAGCUGCUUAAAACUUAUCUUAAAAGACAUUGAAAAUGCGUUUUACUCAAACGAAGAAGUAACACACCUUAUGUUAUGGAUCCUUGAGAAUCUGUCUUCUCUUAAAAAUGAGGAUCCAAGUGUGCUUGAUUGGUUAAUGCCAUUAAAAUUCAUUCAGAUUUCACAGGAACACAUGGUGUCUGCUAGUGAACUCUUUGAUCCUGAUGUUGAAGUAUUAAAGGAUCUCUUUUAUAAUGAAGAAGAAACCUGCUUCCCACCCUCAGAGUUUACCUCACCAGACAUCCUUCACUCUUUAAGACAGAUUGGUUUGAAAAAUGAAGCCAGCCUAAAAGAGAAAGAUGUGGUGCAAGUGGCAAAAAAAAUUGAAGCCCUACAGGCAAGUUCUUGCCCAAAUCAAGAUUUUCUUCUGAAGAAAGCCAGAACACUCCUACAGGUUUUAAAUAAGAACCAUGCACUGUUGCAGUCAUCUGAAGGAAAGGUAACUUUGAAGAAAAUCAAGUGGGUUCCAGCCUGCAAGGAAAGGCCUCCCAAUUAUCCAGGCUCUUUGGUCUGGAAGGGAGAUCUCUGUAAUCUUUGUGCCCCGCCAGAUAUGUGUGAUGUAGCCCAUGCUAUUCUUGUCGGCUCAUCGCUUCCUCUUGUUGAAAGUAUCCAUGUAAACUUAGAAAAAGCAUUAGGUAUCUUCACAAAGCCUAGUAUUAGUGCUGUCUUGAAACACUUUAAAACUGUUGUUGACUGGUACUCUUCGAAAACCUUUAGUGAUGAAGACUACUAUCAGUUCCAACAUGUUUUGCUUGAAAUUUACGGAUUCAUGCAUGAUCAUUUAAAUGAAGGGAAGGAGUCUUUCCGAGCCUUAAAAUUUCCAUGGGUUUGGACUGGCAAAAAAUUUUGCCCCUUAGCCCAAGCUGUGAUAAAACCAAUCCAUGAUCUUGACCUUCAGCCUUAUUUGCAUAAUGUGCCCAAAACUAUGGCAAAAUUCCAUCAGCUGUUUAAGGUCUGUGGUUCAAUAGAAGAGUUGACAUCAGAUCAUAUUUCCAUGGUCAUUCAGAAGGUAUAUCUCAGAAGUGACCAAGAUCUCAGUGAACAAGAAAGCAAACAAAAUCUUCAUCUGAUGUUGAAUAUUAUCAGAUGGCUGUAUAGCAAUCAGAUUCCAGCAAGCCCCAACACACCAGUUCCUAUACAUAUUAGCAAAAAUCCUUCUAAGCUUAUCAUGAAGCCAAUUCAUGAAUGCUGUUAUUGUGACAUCAAAGUUGAUGACCUUAAUGACUUACUUGAAGAUUCAGUAGAACCAAUCAUUCUGGUGCAUGAGGACAUACCCAUGAAAACUGCUGAAUGGCUAAAAGUUCCAUGCCUUAGUACAAGAUUGAUCAAUCCUGAAAACAUGGGGUUUGAGCAGUCAGGGCAAAGAGAACCACUUACUGUCAGAAUUAAGAAUAUUCUGGAAGAGUAUCCUUCUGUGUCAGAUAUUUUUAAAGAACUACUUCAAAAUGCUGAUGAUGCAAAUGCAACAGAAUGCAGUUUCAUGAUUGAUAUGAGAAGGAACAUGGACAUAAGAGAGAAUCUUCUUGACCCAGGAAUGGCAGCUUGCCAUGGGCCUGCUUUAUGGUCAUUCAAUAAUUCUGAAUUCUCAGAUUCAGAUUUUGUGAACAUAACUAGGUUAGGAGAAUCUUUAAAAAGGGCAGAGGUUGACAAAGUUGGGAAAUUUGGUCUUGGAUUUAAUUCUGUGUACCAUCUCACUGACAUUCCCAUCAUUAUGAGUCGAGAAUUCAUGAUAAUGUUUGACCCGAACAUAAACCAUAUCAGUAAACACAUUAAAGACAAAUCUAAUCCUGGGAUCAAAAUUAAUUGGAGUAAACAGCAGAAAAGACUUAGGAAAUUUCCUAAUCAGUUCAAACCUUUUAUAGAUGUGUUUGGUUGUCAGUUACCUUUGACGGUGGAAGCACCGUACAGCUACCACGGCACUCUGUUCCGACUAUCCUUUAGAACUCAGCAGGAAGCAAAAGUGAGUGAAAUCAGUAGUACCUGCUACAAUACCGCAGAUAUUUACUCUCUUGUAGAUGAGUUUAGCCUCUGUGGCCACAGGCUUAUCAUUUUCACUCAGAGUGUACACUCAAUGUAUUUGAAGUACUUGAAAAUCGAAGAAGCUAAUCCCAGCUUAGCACAAGAUACAGUAAUCAUUAAAAAAAAAGUCUGCUCUUCCAAGGCAUUGACUGUACCUGUCUUAAGUGUUUUGAAAGAAGCUGCUAAGCUCAUGAAGACUUGCAGCAGCAGUAAUAAAAAGCUCACUGCUGAUGCCCCGAAGUCAUCUUGCAUUCUUCAGGUCACAGUUGAAGAAUUUCACCACGUGUUCAGAAGGAUUGCUGAUUUACAGUCGCCCCUUUUCAGAGGGCCAGAUGAUGACCCAGCGACUCUCUUUGAAAUGGCCAAAUCUGGCCAAGCCAAGAAGCCAUCAGAUGAGUUGCCACAAAAAACAGUCGAGUGUACCACAUGGCUUAUAAAUUCCUGCAUGGAUACAGGAGAGGCCCUGAAGUUUUCCCUGAGUGAAAGUGGAAGAAGACUAGGACUGGUUCCUUGUGGAGCAGUAGGAGUUCUGCUAUCUGAAAUUCAGGAUCAGAAGUGGACUGUGAAGCCACACGUUGGAGAAGUGUUUUGCUAUUUACCUUUACGAAUAAAAACAGGACUGCCUGUUCACAUCAAUGGGUGCUUUGCUGUUACUUCGAAUAGGAAAGAAAUCUGGAAGACAGAUACAAAGGGACGGUGGAAUACCACAUUCAUGAGACACGUUAUUGUGAAAGCUUACUUACAGGCCCUCAGUGUCUUACGAGACAUGGCCACCAACGGGGAGCUAACUGAUUAUACUUAUUAUGCAGCAUGGCCUGAUCCUGAUUUGGUUCACGAUGAUUUCUCCGUAAUUUGUCAAGGAUUUUAUGAAGAUAUAGCUCAUGGAAAAGGGAAAGAAUUGACAAGAGUCUUCUCUGAUGGAUCUACUUGGGUUUCCAUGAAGAAUGUGAGAUUUCUGGAUGAUUCUAUACUGAAAAGAAAAGAUGUUGGCCCAGCAGCCUUCAAGAUAUUUUUGAAAUACCUCAAGAAGACUGGGUCCAAAAACCUUUGCGCCGUUGAACUUCCUUCUUCAGUAAAAUUGGGAUUUGAAGAAGCUGGCUGCAAACAGAUAUUACUAGAAAACACAUUUUCAGAGAAGCAGUUUUUUUCGGAAGUGUUCUUUCCAAACAUUCAAGAAAUUGAAGCGGAACUUAGAGAUCCUUUAAUGAACUUCGUUCUAAAUGAAAAAGUUGAUGAGUUCUCAGGCAUUCUUCGUGUCACGCCAUGUAUUCCUUGCUCCUUGGAAGGGCAUCCUUUGGUUUUACCAUCAAGAUUGAUCCACCCUGAAGGACGGGUUGCAAAGUUAUUUGAUAUUAAAGAUGGACGAUUCCCAUACGGUUCAACUCAAGAUUAUCUUAAUCCUAUUAUUCUGAUUAAACUAGUGCAGUUAGGUAUGGCAAAAGAUGAUAUUUUAUGGGAUGACAUGCUAGAGCGGGCAGAGUCGGUAGCUGAAAUCAAUAAAAGUGAUCAUGUUGCUGCUUGUCUAAGAAGUAGCAUCCUGUUAAGUCUUAUUGAUGAGAAAUUAAAAAUAAGGGACCCUAGAGCGAAGGAUUUUGCUGCAAAAUAUCAAACAAUCCCGUUUCUGCCAUUUCUAACAAAACCAGCAGGUUUUUCUUUGGAGUGGAAAGGUAACAGUUUUAAGCCUGAAACCAUGUUUGCUGCAACUGCCCUUUAUACAGCUGAGCAUCAGGAUAUAGUUUGUCUUUUGCAACCAAUUCUCAAUGAAAAUUCCCAUUCCUUCAGAGGUUGUGGUUCAGUGUCGUUGGCUGUGAAAGAGUUUUUGGGGUUACUUAAGAAGCCAACAGUGGAUCUGGUUGUAAACCAGUUGAAAGAAGUGGCAAAAUCUGUUGAUGAUGGAGUCACCUUGUACCAGGAGAAUAUCACCAAUGCUUGCUACAAGUACCUUCAUGAGGCAAUGAUGCAAAAUGAAGUCACUAAGAUAUCGAUCGUUGAAAAGUUAAAAGCCUUUCGCUUCAUUCUAGUUGAGAAUGCUUAUGUUGACUCAGAAAAAGUUUCUUUUCAUUUGAAUUUUGAGGCAGCUCCGUACCUUUAUCAAUUACCUAAUAAAUAUAAAAAUAAUUUCCGUGAACUCUUUGAAAGUGUGGGUGUGAGGCAGUCAUUUACAGUGGAAGAUUUUGCCCUUGUCUUGGAAUCCAUUGAUCAAGAAAGAGGAACAAAGCAAAUAACAGAAGAAAAUUUCCAGCUUUGCCGACGAAUAAUCAGUGAAGGGAUAUGGAGUCUAAUUAGAGAAAAGAAACAAGAAUUUUGUGAGAAAAAUUAUGGCAAAAUAUUGUUGCCAGACACUAACCUUAUGCUUCUCCCUGCCAAAUCACUAUGCUACAAUGAUUGUCCGUGGAUAAAAGUAAAGGAUACCACUGUAAAAUAUUGUCAUGCUGAUAUACCCAGGGAAGUAGCAGUGAAACUGGGAGCAAUACCAAAGCGACAUAAAGCCUUGGAAAGGUAUGCAUCCAACAUCUGUUUUACAACACUUGGCACGGAAUUUGGACAGAAAGAAAAAUUAACUAGCAGAAUUAAAAGCAUCCUUAAUGCCUAUCCUUCAGAAAAGGAAAUGUUGAAAGAGCUGCUUCAAAAUGCUGAUGAUGCCAAGGCUACAGAAAUCUGUUUUGUGUUUGAUCCUAGACAGCAUCCAGUUGAUAGAAUAUUUGAUGAUAAGUGGGCCCCCCUGCAAGGGCCAGCACUGUGUGUGUACAACAACCAGCCUUUUACAGAAGAUGAUGUUAGAGGAAUUCAGAAUCUUGGAAAAGGCACCAAAGAAGGAAAUCCAUGUAAAACUGGACAAUAUGGCAUAGGAUUCAAUUCUGUGUAUCAUAUUACAGACUGCCCUUCUUUUAUUUCUGGCAACGACAUUCUGUGUAUUUUUGAUCCUCAUGCUAGGUACGCACCAGGAGCCACAUCGGUUAGUCCUGGACGCAUGUUUAGAGAUUUGGAUGCAGAUUUUCGGACGCAGUUCUCAGAUGUUCUGGAUCUCUAUUUGGGAACCCACUUUAAGCUAGAUAAUUGCACAAUGUUCAGAUUUCCUCUUCGUAAUGCAGAAAUGGCAAAAGUUUCAGAAAUUUCCUCAGUUCCAUCGUCAGACCGGAUGGUCCAGAAUCUUUUGGACAAAUUGCGCUCAGAUGGGGCAGAACUUCUAAUGUUUCUCAAUCACAUGGAAAAAAUUUCAAUUUGUGAAAUAGAUAAAGGUACCGGAGCUCUAAAUGUGCUGUAUUCAGUCAAGGGCAAAAUCACUGAUGGAGACAGAUUGAAAAGGAAACAAUUUCACGCAUCAGUAAUUGAUAGCGUUACUAAAAGGAGGCAGCUCAAAGACAUCCCAGUUCAACAGAUAACUUAUACUAUGGAUACCGAGGACUCCGAAGGAAAUCUUACUACAUGGCUAAUUUGUAAUCGAGCAGGUUUUUCCAGUAUGGACAAAGUAUCUAAGAGUGUUAUAUCUGCCCACAAAAACCAAGAUAUUACUCUCUUCCCUCGAGGUGGAGUUGCUGCCUGCAUUACUCACAACUAUAAGAAGCCUCACAGAGCCUUCUGUUUUUUGCCUCUCUCUUUGGAGACGGGGUUGCCCUUUCAUGUGAAUGGCCACUUUGCACUAGACUCAGCCAGGAGAAACCUGUGGCGUGAUGAUAACGGAGUUGGGGUUCGAAGUGACUGGAAUAACAGCUUGAUGACAGCGUUAAUAGCGCCUGCAUAUGUUGAAUUAUUAAUCCAGUUGAAGAAACGCUACUUCCCUGGGUCUGACCCAACGUUGUCAGUUUUACAGAACACACCCAUUCAUGUGGUAAAGGACACUUUAAAAAAGUUUUUAUCAUUCUUCCCAGUUAACAGGCUUGAUCUACAGCCAGAUUUAUAUUGCCUGGUGAAAGCACUUUACAGCUGUAUUCAUGAAGACAUGAAGCGUCUUUUACCUGUUGUUCGGGCUCCGAAUAUUGAUGGCUCUGAUUUGCAUUCUGCAGUUAUAAUUACUUGGAUUAAUAUGUCUACUUCAAAUAAAACUAGACCAUUUUUUGACAAUUUACUGCAAGAUGAAUUACAGCAUCUUAAAAAUGCAGAUUACAAUAUUACAACACGGAAAACAGUAGCAGAGAAUGUCUAUAGACUGAAACACCUACUUUUAGAAAUUGGUUUCAACUUGGUUUAUAAUUGUGAUGAGACUGCUAAUCUUUACCACUGUCUUAUAGAUGCAGAUAUUCCUGUUAGUUACGUGACUCCUGCUGAUGUCAGGUCUUUUUUAAUGACGUUUUCCUCUCCUGACACUAAUUGCCACAUUGGGAAGCUGCCUUGUCGUCUUCAGCAGACUAACCUGAAACUUUUUCAUAGCUUAAAGCUUUUAGUUGAUUAUUGUUUUAAGGAUGCAGAAGAAAAUGAGAUUGAAUUGGAAGGACUGCCCCUUCUCAUUACGCUGGACAGUGUUCUGCAAACUUUUGAUGCGAAACGAUCCAAGUUCCUAACAACAUACCAUGAAUUGAUUCCAUCCCGCAAAGACUUAUUUAUGAAUACAUUAUAUUUGAAAUACAGUAAUAUUUUAUUGAACUGUAAAGUGGCAAAAGUGUUUGACAUUUCCAGCUUUGCUGAUUUGUUAUCUUCUGUGUUGCCUCGUGAAUAUAAGACCAAAAACUGUACCAAGUGGAAAGACAACUUUGCAAGUGAAUCUUGGCUUAAGAAUGCAUGGCAUUUUAUCAGUGAAUCUGUAAGUGUGAAAGAAGACCAGGAGGACACAAAAUCCACGUUUGACAUUGUUGUUGAGACCCUGAAGGACUGGGCCUUGCUCCCAGGAACAAAGUUUACUGUUUCAGCCAAUCAGCUUGUGGUCCCUGAAGGUGAUGUUUUGCUUCCCCUCAGCCUUAUGCACAUUGCAGUGUUUCCAAAUGCCCAGAGUGAUAAAGUUUUUCAUGCUCUAAUGAAAGCUGGUUGUAUUCAGCUUGCCUUGAACAAAAUCUGCUCCAAAGACAGUGCAUUCGUUCCUCUGCUGUCUUGUCACACAGCAAACAUAGAGAGCCCCUCAAGCAUUUUGAAGGCUCUGCAUUAUAUGGUCCAGACAUCAACAUUUAGAACUGAAAAACUAGUAGAAAAUGACUUUGAAGCACUUUUGAUGUAUUUCAACUGCAGUUUGAGUCACUUGAUGUCCCAAGAGGAUAUAAAAAUUUUGAAGUCCCUUCCAUGCUACAAAUCCAUCAGUGGCCGCUAUAUGAGCAUUGCAAAAUUCGGAACUUGCUACGUACUUACAAAAAGCAUCCCUUCAGCUGAAGUGGAAAAAUGGACACAGUCGUCGUCAUCUGCGUUUCUUGAAGAAAAGGUGCACUUGAAAGAACUGUAUGAGGUGCUUGGCUGUGUACCUGUAGACGAUCUUGAGGUAUACUUGAAACACCUCUUACCAAAAAUUGAAAAUCUCUCUUACGAAGCAAAAUUAGAGCACUUGAUCUAUCUUAAGAAUAGAUUAUCCAACAUUGAGGAAUUAUCAGAAAUUAAAGAACAGCUUUUUGAGAAACUGGAAAGUUUGUUGAUAAUCCAUGAUGCUAACAGUCGACUAAAGCAAGCAAAACAUUUCUAUGACAGAACUGUAAGAGUUUUUGAAGUUAUGCUUCCUGAAAAAUUAUUUAUUCCUAAAGAUUUCUUUAAAAAGUUGGAGCAACUUAUAAAGCCCAAGAAUCAUGCUGUAUUUAUGACAUCCUGGGUGGAAUUCUUAAGAAACAUUGGACUGAAGUACAUACUUUCUCAGCAGCAGUUGUUACAGUUUGCUAAGGAGAUCAGUGUGAGAGCUAAUACAGAAAACUGGACUAAAGAAACAUUGCAAAAUACAGUUGAUAUCCUUCUCCAUCAUAUAUUCCAAGAACGAAUGGAUUUGUUAUCUGGAAAUUUUCUGAAAGAACUGUCAUUAAUACCGUUCUUAUGUCCUGAGCGGGCCCCUGCUGAGUACAUUAGGUUUCAUCCUCAAUACCAAGAGGUGAAUGGGACACUUCCUCUUAUAAAGUUCAACGGAGCACAGGUAAAUCCAAAGUUCAAGCAGUGUGAUGUGCUCCAGCUGUUAUGGACAUCCUGCCCGAUUCUUCCAGAGAAAGCAACACCCUUGAGCAUCAAAGAACAAGAAGGCAGUGAACUUGGUGCGCAAGAGCAACUUGAACAAGUUUUAAGUAUGCUUAAUGUUAACCUGGACCCACCCCUUGAUAAGGUCAUUAAUAACUGCAGAAACAUAUGCAACAUAACAACGUUGGAUGAAGAAAUGGUAAAAACUAGAGCAAAGGUCUUAAGGAGCAUCUAUGAAUUUCUCAGUGCAGAAAAAAAGGAAUUCCGUUUUCAACUGCGGGGGGUUGCUUUUGUGAUGGUUGAAGAUGGUUGGAAACUUCUGAAGCCUGAGGAGGUAGUGAUAAACCUAGAAUAUGAAUCUGAUUUUAAACCUUAUUUGUACAAGCUACCAUUAGAACUUGGCACAUUUCAUCAGUUGUUCAAACACUUAGGUACUGAAGAUAUUAUUUCAACUAAGCAAUAUGUUGAGGUAUUGAGCCGCAUAUUCAAGAAUUCUGAAGGAAAACAGUUGGAUCCUAAUGAAAUGCGUACAGUUAAGAGGGUGGUUUCUGGUCUGUUCAAGAGUCUACAGAAUGAUUCAGUCAAGGUGAGGAGCGAUCUUGAGAACGUACGAGACCUUGCCCUCUACCUUCCAAGCCAGGACGGUAGGCUGGUGAAGUCAAGCAUCCUAGUGUUUGAUGACGCACCACACUAUAAAAGCAGGAUCCAGGGGAACAUUGGUGUGCAGAUGCUGGUUGAUCUCAGUCAGUGCUACUUAGGGAAAGACCAUGGCUUCCACACAAAGUUAAUAAUGCUCUUUCCUCAAAAACUCAGACCUCGUUUGCUGAGCAGUAUACUCGAAGAACAGCUAGAUGAGGAGACUCCAAAAGUUUGUCAGUUUGGAGCCUUGUGUUCUCUCCAGGGAAGAUUGCAGUUACUCUUAUCUUCUGAACAGUUCAUUACGGGACUGAUUAGGAUUAUGAAGCAUGAAAAUGAUAAUGCUUUCCUGGCCAAUGAGGAAAAAGCCAUAAAACUUUGCAAAGCCCUAAGAGAAGGAUUGAAAGUGUCCUGUUUUGAAAAGCUUCAAACAACAUUAAGAGUUAAAGGUUUUAAUCCUAUUCCCCACAGCAGAAGUGAAACGUUUGCUUUUUUGAAGAGAUUUGGUAAUGCAGUCAUCCUUCUCUACAUCCAACAUUCAGACAGCAAAGACAUUAACUUCCUACUAGCGUUAGCGAUGACACUGAAGUCGGCGACUGACAAUUUGAUUUCUGACACUUCAUAUUUAAUAGCCAUGCUAGGAUGCAACGAUAUUUAUAGGAUCAGUGAGAAGCUUGACAGCUUGGGAGUGAAAUACGACUCUUCAGAACCAUCAAAACUGGAACUUCCAAUGCCUGGCACACCAAUACCUGCCGAAAUUCAUUAUACUCUGCUGAUGGAUCCCAUGAAUGUUUUCUACCCGGGAGAGUAUGUUGGCUACCUUGUUGAUGCUGAAGGUGGUGAUAUCUAUGGGUCAUACCAGCCAACGUAUACGUAUGCAAUUAUUGUACAAGAAGUUGAAAGAGAAGAUGCUGAUAAUUCUAGUUUUCUGGGAAAGAUAUACCAGAUUGAUAUUGGUUAUAGUGAAUAUAAGAUAGUUAGCUCUCUUGAUUUGUAUAAGUUCUCAAGGCCUGAUGAAAGUUCACAAAGCAGAGACAGUGCUCCCUCGACACCCACCAGCCCUACGGAGUUCCUUGCCCCUGGCCUGCGGAGCAUCCCACCUCUUUUCUCCGGCAGAGAGAGCCACAAAACUCCAUCUUCAAAACAUCAGUCUCCCAAGAAGCUUAAGGUUAAUUCUUUACCAGAAAUCUUAAAAGAAGUGACAUCAGUGGUGGAGCAAGCUUGGAAGCUUCCAGAAUCGGAACGAAAAAAGAUUAUUAGACGAUUGUAUUUGAAAUGGCACCCUGACAAGAACCCAGAGAAUCAUGACAUUGCUAAUGAAGUUUUUAAACAUUUGCAGAAUGAAAUCAACAGAUUAGAGAAACAGGCUUUUAUGGAUCAAAAUGCAGACCGAGCUUCAAGACGAACAUUUUCAACCUCAGCCUCCCGAUUUCAAUCUGACAAGUACUCAUUUCAGAGAUUUUACACUUCAUGGAAUCAGGAAGCAACGAGCCAUAAGUCUGAAAGGCAACAACAGAAUAAGGAAAAAUGCCCUCCUUCAGCUGGGCAGACUUACUCCCAGAGGUUCUUUGUGCCCCCCACUUUCAAGUCGGUUGGUAACCCCGUUGAGGCACGGAGAUGGCUAAGACAAGCCCGAGCAAAUUUCUCAGCUGCCAGGAAUGACCUGCACAAAAAUGCUAAUGAGUGGGUGUGUUUUAAGUGUUACCUCUCUACCAAGUUAGCUUUGAUUGCAGCCGACUACGCAGUGAGGGGGAAGUCUGAUAAAGAUGUAAAACCAACCGCACUUGCGCAAAAAAUAGAGGAAUAUAGUCAGCAGCUUGAAGGGCUGACAAAUGAUGUUCACACAUUGGAAGCUUAUGGUGUAGACAGUUUAAAAACAAGAUACCCUGAUUUGCUUCCUUUUCCACAGAUCCCAAAUGACAGGUUCACUUCUGAGGUUGCCAUGAGGGUGAUGGAAUGUACUGCCUGUAUCAUAAUAAAACUUGAAAAUUUUAUACAGCAAAAAGUAUGAGAGUAUUUAAAGAGAAAAAUUGCAGAGCCAGAUCUUAAGUGUGUUGUAGCACAAAUGCAAGUUGCUGUACUUUGUUUAAGCUUUGUUGUCACUUAUCUAGGAAUUGUGAAGCACAUUGCAAAUUGUUCUACAAGAAUUUUGCAUUUACUAGUAGUAUGAAUGCCAACAGAAGACCUUAAUGAAUCUAAAAGGAAGUUAUUUUGAAGAUGGUAAACGGCAGAAUUGCUCAAUGUGUUGGAGGGAUUGGGAUGGCACAUGGUUGAACCGCACUUUAUAUAACCAAAGCUUAGCAAUCAGUUGAAUUUGUGGCUCUGGCUAGGGUAAAGUUAAUUUCAUGUUUUGAACGUGUGUUUUUGAAGGAGCUAAUGAAACACUGGACAUAUCAUUGGUUUAAACAUGUAAGGGGGAUUAAGUCUUCAGAAUUUAUCAUGUGUUUUAUGUGAAUCUUCUUGGAUGCAUUAUUUUCUUAUCAGCUGGAUCUGAUUAUGAAUUUGUUGCAGUUUUACAUCUUAAAUACCAGUACAUUUAAAAUGGUACAGUAUUUUAAUCCUGAAUAUUACUUGAUCAGAGUGGGAAGAUAGAGUGCACUGGGUGCACUUUGCAUCUUUAUUUUAGGUGUUUUUUUUUUUUUAAUUUUAUGUUUACAGGCUUCCUAUUUGAUGAAGAUACCAUAUGGGAAACUCAGAAUGGUGGCAGUUCUCAUUACCAGAUGUUGAUAUUGUUCCUGCAACUGCUUACCAUAACAGCAUUUAUCAACUGUCAGAAAGCUUGCUUUACAUCUGUGCGUAUGUUUGGCAGAAGUAUCACAAUUUGUACAGUGGAUUGGACAAGAUGCAAUCUUUUGUUGUCUAAAGGUGCUGCAGUUAAAGUUUUGUCUUUCAAUAUAGCAUUUCAUAGAGUUUUUUUUAUGUUAAAAACAUUUAAGAAGUUGUUCAUGUAAUUGUGAUGAUACCCAAUAGUUUAUAAAAGGAGUUUUCAGCUUGUAUUUCCUCCUUGAAUGAUUCAGAACUGACAUAUGAUUUUAAUCAUGUUCAGAUGUCUUACCAUACUUAUUUACUUUAACAUAUUUCUUUUGCAGAAUGUAUAAAAAGUAAUGAUAAUUAGUUUAUAUAACUGUACUGGCUGUAAAUGAUGCUAAGAAUAGUAUUUUAUGCAAUUAAGGGCUUACAGAAUAUAUUAAAACUUUUUUUACUUACAUUGGUAAUAAGGAAUGUUUGCACCUCCACAAUUGUGUUGCUUCUGGUGUGAAACUGUGUAAUUAUUCCUGCUAUUAUAUCAAGUGCCAUAAUUUUAAUAAAGCAAAAUGUA